AUUCCCUUCAGCGCUCGCCAUCUCCACGAGACCACCUUUUUGCUUUCACCCUCAAGCAGGCCAUCUCCAUCAGCGCUACAUUCAACUCCCUUCGCUGAUCGACUUUUUGUCUCGUCAAGAUGGUUCUCGCGGUCGACCUCCUCAACCCCGCGCCUCAGGCUGAGGCCCGCAAGCACAAGCUCAAGACCCUUGUGCCUGCUCCCCGCUCCUUCUUCAUGGACGUCAAGUGCCCCGGCUGCUUCACCAUCACCACCGUCUUCUCCCACGCCCAGACCGUUGUCGUCUGCGCUGGUUGCUCGACCGUUCUGUGCCAGCCCACCGGUGGUAAGGCCCGUCUUACUGAGGGCUGCUCUUUCCGCCGCAAGUAAACGUCUCGACCCAACCGUGCCGGAGCGAUUAUGAAAGCAAUGUGGCGUUCUUCAAUGAUGAUGGAUUAAUAUAUCUCGUUUUUCUGAGGAAACAGAUUCAGAUAGAAGAUGGAAUCCUCGCCCCUUGCGAGAAAGCCCUGCGGAACCACACAGACAAGGGAAAUGAAAAAAAUUUUUGACCAGGCACAGAACCUCGUUUUUGAUACACCUUUUCAAAAAAAGCGUUUACUACUUUUUAUCUUCCUACAUCUCUGCGCAGGGGAGUUCCGGAUAUCUGGCACAUGAUCGGUCCAUACUACCAAAAACUACUCUUGCCUUAUAUCUUGCUCUUGAGUUUUUCGCUUGAUGAUUUUUACUAUUCGCCAACUUGUGUUCCUUGUACCUACGACGGAUGUACCUCGAACAGGGGCACGAUGGGGAAGAAUCAUACAACGCCACCAGUCACGUCUGCACAUGCGCUUCUGCCGGUUGCCGCAGGAAUUCGGAUAUUGCGGAAGGAGGAAAAACAGAUUUCAUCGUGGAAGAUGAAUGAUGGCGGCUCCGGUAUUGUGCGCAGCGGCGUGACUGGCUGCAGGGGCCGGUUACUAGGUCUGAGAGGACGGUGCCGGCCCUGCAGAGUUGUGAUACCCUCGUGCGGUAGCAAUCGUAUGUUUUAUUUGGUCAGUAUGGA